UCAGGUUCUUUUCCACGGCUUCUCUCUACCCCUCACCCCCUCUCUCUCGUAUUCUCGAACUAAACCAGAGGAGUAUCUGCCACCAACUCUCGCUGUACCUUUCGAGCUCAACUAUUUCAAGCACUUCAACUUCGCUAGUGCUUCUAAUCUACACCACUAUCAAUCUUUCUUCAAAUUCCACUCUGUUUCAGUCUUUUCUUCAAUCUGUCAUAAUUCAGGUUUGGAAGAUGCUUUAUAUUUAUCUUGCUCUCGGUGUUUCUCUGUGUCUGCGAGGUUCCUAUUUAUAAUCUGAGUCCAAAUACUCAAAACCCAAAUUUCCUGGAAAGUCUUCGUUCCUUUCUGAAAGCCUCUGUCGCGUAAUGGAAUCUGAAAAUGGGGUUACUGUGAAGGACGAGAGUUCUAUUAUUGAGAGAAAAUAUGUGGAAGAAUCAGUUGUGGAUUUGAAGAGAGAGGUUGAGGAUGGUGGUAACGGUGAAGUUCCCACCAUGAGUGGAAAACCCGACCCAGCCACAAAAAUCAAAAGCCUUAAAUCUUCUGGAGUGGUGGUCAAAGCCUCUGCAAUGGUUCCUGCAAGUAAAACUUCAAAAUCUAUAAAGGAACCCGGAAAUCUGCAUGGUGGCUCCCCAAAGAACAAUAGACUGGGAAAGGAUAAACCCAAUCCGAUAGCCACAACUACAUUUUCACGUAGUCAGAGAUCAAUCCUUACACAGAGUCUUUCCUUCCCAUCAAGAGGGGUUCGUUCUGAUGUUAUGAACAAGAGCAUCGAGGUGUACCCAGUGAAAAGAGAUCAAGCCAAACACGCUCAAAGACAAGGGACUAAAUCCCAAGCCUCAAGUGGAACAGUCACAAAUACAAUGAGUGGGGCACCUAGUCGGCGGACUUCUUUAGCAUCCAUGCCUACCAUUAGACGCACUGUGUAUCAGCCUGGGAAGUAUGCUUCUUUGAAUGCAACUAUUAACUGUCCUCCUGCUGAGGAAUCCCUAUCAGUUAAUCCAAAUUUGAAUCCUAUCAAAGCAGCACUGCUUGUGAAAGAGGAUGAUGAGGCUCGUUCCACUACUUCAAGUGCUACUCCUCGCGGGACUCCUUGUGAUCGGAGGAGCAGUGGUUCAGGAUUUUCCUUCAAAUUGGACGAACGAGCUGAAAAACGAAGGGAGUUCUUUUCAAAACUUGAAGAGAAGAUUCAGGCAAAAGAAGUGGAAAGAACUAACUUGCAAGCAAAAUCAAAGGAAAACCAGGAAGCCGAGAUCAAGCAACUGAGAAAAAGCCUGACAUUUAAAGCUACACCCAUGCCCAGUUUCUACAAAGAGCCUCCUCCAAGAGCUGAACUAAAGAAGAUACCAACCACACGCGCAAUAUCUCCAAAGCUUGGAAGGCAAAAGGGCUCUGUGACCGUGACAAACAACUCUUCAGAAGGUGAUGGGCCUGGCCUUAGCCCACGCCUGAACCCAUCUCCAAAGCUCAAGAAGAACAAGAAUUCUGUUACUGCAAACAACUCUUCAGAAGUUAGUGCAUCUUGUCGUGGCCCACAUCUUAACCGAGAACAUAGUAAUUCAAACAAAGGGUUACAGGCAGAAUCUGAUAAAAAUGUUGUUGCUUCAAAGAAGACCAUCAGGAAGUCCCAAACCAGGCUUCAGACUCAGGAAAGUGCAGUCACUAAAACUGAAAGAAAGCCUGCCAAAUCUAAAACAGAGGACCCUGGAGAAGAGACCCAAAACCAGAAAGAAUGCAGAGGAGAAGGUGAAGAAAGCCAGAAUCAGUCCAUGUGUCUUUCAGAAUGCUCGGAUGAGAUAGACCCAGAGUCUGAAAUGGAUACUGCCCAGAAUAACGCACCGGUUCUUAAUUCAUCUACCCUUGAGAUUAUGCCUCAUGAAGUUACUGUCGGAGGUUAAAGACAUAAAUCUUGGACCUUGUAUUUUUAUAGGUUUAAAAAUUUUAAGUUCCAUUUGACUUUUCAAAAAGAAGAGAGUUUGAUGUUGUUGUGAAUAUGGUGGUUGCCAGUAAAUCAUGUAAUUCGAAUAUUUUUAUCUACAGGUUAAUGUAACUAUGCUUGUCUUUCAUUGUUA